AAGGAAAGAGUAGCCCGGAUGUAAACGUCAUAGAGAAAAAAAAUCCCAGCCACAACAAAAACUGUGGCGAAAAUUAUACAUCAAAAGUGCUCCAAUUUCCUAACUGUGAUAACUUUUAUUUUCACUGAUUGUUAAGAAUAUGACUACACCCGCUAGACGACGAUUAAUGAGAGAUUUCAAGAGACUUCAAGAAGAUCCUCCUGCUGGUGUAAGUGGUGCCCCGACAGAAAAUAAUAUUAUGCUAUGGAAUGCUGUGAUAUUUGGACCACAUGAUACCCCAUUUGAAGAUGGUACUUUCAAAUUAACAAUAGAGUUCACAGAAGAAUAUCCAAAUAAACCCCCAACAGUGCGAUUUGUUUCAAAAAUGUUUCAUCCUAAUGUUUAUGCUGAUGGAAGUAUAUGUCUAGAUAUAUUACAAAAUAGAUGGAGUCCCACAUAUGAUGCAUCUGCUAUUUUAACUUCUAUUCAAUCCUUACUGGAUGAACCUAACCCAAACAGUCCCGCAAAUAAUGUAGCAGCCCAGUUAUAUAAAGAAAAUCGUCGUGAAUAUGAAAAACGAGUUAAGGUUGUGGUAGAGGAAAGCUGGAUUUAUCAUGGCGAUAUUGAGUGAAUAUUGUGUGUGUUCACAGAAUACCAAAACCUUCAAUUAUGUUUUAACUCUGUAUUUUGUCGAUAUUGUUUAAAUAAGCAGUCUUCAAAUGUUAAUGGGAUGGAAUGAGAAGUUUUGAUAGAUAUUGAUAUCCAGCUGCAUUUCAAGUGAAGGAAUUGAUUUUCAAAAUAACUGGGAGACAUUUAAUACAUACAUGUAUAAUCCAUUGUUAAAAAUUUAAUGAAAAUUUCUAGCAUAUUCUAUCACUGGAUUUUAUUAUAUGAAAAGCCAACUACAUGUACAUGUAUAACCAUUGUUUCAAAAAACUGCGUAAAGUUUGAAAUGUUUCCUGCUACUUAAUCGUGAUACCUAGGAAUUGUGUGUUUGCUUGUAAGAUGUCUUUCAUGUUUAUAUUUUAGACAAUAUUAUUAUUGUCUAAACAUUAAAUUGUAUGUUUGGCCAUUGCAUAGAUUUUUUUACUGUCAAGGAAAGUAACUUGAAUACAAUGCAUUGUUGAGAUUGAUUGUACUGAGAGCAUUAAGUGUUUUUGCUGCACUUGUGUUGUGUGUACCAUAAGGUGCAUUUUUAUGUGUAGAUCAAAGUUUGUUGUUAAGUCAUAAAGAUGAAAUAUAUUUGAAGAACAGUGA